AUGAAAACGGACACAGUAAGCGUGGGCGAGCACGACUACACGGUGGCGGUGCAGAGGAGCUCAGACAACAAAAAGGCUCCCAUUUUGGUCUAUGUUAACCAGGUAGGCAACGAAUCAUUAGGAUGUUACAUCUAUAGUAUAGCCUCGGUCAGAGAGUGUUAUCAAAGUGUGUUGCAGGGUCUGGAAAAUGGGGAUUUACACGAUUUCACAGCCAAUUUGGGGCGGGUGCUUGUGAAGCGUUACCACUGCCCACUGUAUGUGAGUUUAAGUGGGGGAAUAUCUAUGUAUGAUUAUGGAGAAUUGAGUCGAGCGGUGGUGGAGAAGGUUGAUAAUGGUUGUUAUGCCUGA